AUGGAGUCCUGGAGAGUCACUACCUUCACGUGCUGGCGUUCCCCACAGAGCUUUUCUUCUGAUCUUGUAGUGAAUCAGUUGGCAGGUGAUUGUGAACUCUGGAGGCAGAAACCAGUGAGACCCUCUGGAAGGAGGCAGAAACCAGUGAGACCCUCCCGGGAGGAGGCAGAAACCAGUGAGACCCUCUGGAAGGAGGCAGAAACCAGUGAGACCCUCUGGAAGGAGGCAGAAACCAGUGAGACCCUCUGGAAGGAGGCAGAAACCAGUGAGACCCUCUGGAAGGAGGCAGAAACCAGUGAGACCCUCUGGAAGGAGGCAGAAACCACUCUGCAGGAGAAUUUGGACAAGAAGCUGUUCGGGCAGCACCUGGUGAAGAAGGUGGUUGUGAAGGCUGUGAAGGGCUUCUUGAGCAACAGCAAAUCCAAAAAGCCUCUGGCCCUUUCCUUGCACGGGUGGACUGGAACAGGCAAGAACUUUGUCAGUCGGAUAGUCGCUGAAAGCAUUUAUAAAAGCGGCCUGCAGAGCAAGUAUGUCCAUCAGUUCGUGGCGACUUUACACUUCCCUCAUGCUCAGAACAUCAAUACCUACAAGGACCAGUUGCAGUCGUGGAUUCGAGGAAAUGUGACCAUCUGUCCCAGAUCACUCUUCAUCUUUGAUGAAAUGGAUAAAAUGCAUGCAGGACUCAUUGACUCCAUCAAGCCAUUCCUGGACUACUAUGAGCUGCUGGAUGGGGUGUCUUAUCGACAAGCCAUCUUCAUAUUCCUCAGCAACGCAGGAGCUGAAAAGAUAACUGAGGUGGCACUAGACUUCUGGAGAAAUGGGAAGGCAAGGGAAGAUAUACAGCUUGCAGACAUGCAAAAUGCACUCUCUGUGUCUGUCUUCAACAACAAAAAUAGUGGAUUUUGGCACAGCACCUUGAUUGACAAAAAUCUCAUUGACUACUUUGUUCCCUUCCUGCCUCUGGAAUACAAACAUGUGAAGAUGUGUGUCAGGGUGGAGAUUGAAUCACGUGGCUACACUGUGGAUGAAGACAUUUUAAGCAGAAUAGCUGAUGAAAUGACCUACUUUCCCAGAGAGGAGAGAAUUUAUUCAGAUAAAGGAUGUAAAACUGUGGAUGCAAAGCUGGAUUAUUACUAUGACUUCUAAUACUUUAUUGCUCCAACCUGCAAAGAAGCCAAUAUAACUUAAUCAUCAAGUGGAGAACCCGGGACAUUUCAUUUUUAAGCACUUUUUAAGGAAAGGAACAUGUGUUUUUUUUUAACUGGUGUGUAAAUAAGCAGCAGUGCCUCUGCAUUUUCAUUCUGUCACUAGUCAUGGCUCUGGAGUUCUUCGUCCUUGUGUUGCCAAGGUAAGAAUAAACCAUGUUGUCAACGUGGGGGUCUGUGUCUGACAGCUCUGAAGACU